AUGAUGGAAAAAAAUACCAGUGCCAACUCGGUACUGUCUGAUCAUGUAUCAUACUCACUGGCAUCCUCAGAUGCAGAGGAAGGAACGUUCUUCUCCAGGUUGAUUGAUUCGUUCAAACCGAUUCAAUUGGAAGACGAUGGUGUCGACACUUCCAACAUGACCCCAAUGGAAAAGUCCAUCUACGCAACCGCUAGACACCCUUUGGCCAGAAGAUUGAAGUCGAGACAUUUGCAAAUGAUUGCCAUCGGAGGUUCUAUCGGAACGGGUCUUUUCAUCGGAUCCGGUUACGCUUUGUACCUUGGAGGCCCGGCUGGUGUGCUCAUUUCUUAUGCGUUAGUUGGUUACUCGUUGUUUUGUGUGGUUAUGGCAUUGGGUGAAUUGUCUGUGCAAUAUCCUGUUUCCGGUUCUUUCAACGCCUUCUUUUCUCGUUUCGUUGACCCAUCUUGGGGUUACACUUUGGGCUUGUUAUAUUCUUUGUCGUGGUUAAUCUCAUUCCCUUCCGAAUUGGUCGCUUGCUCACUCACUGUUUCCUAUUGGAAUGAUUCCAUAAAUCCGCUGGUAUGGGUGGCUAUUUUCUACGUCAUUAUUGUUACCAUCAACAUGUUUGGUGUUAAGGGUUAUGGUGAGGUGGAGUUUGUUCUCUCAAUCAUCAAAGUCUUGGCUGUGGUGGGCUUCACCAUUGUUUCCAUCUGCAUCAUCUGCGGUGUAGGAGACGGAGGAUAUGUGGGAGGAAAAUACUGGCACCAUCCGGGAGCUUUCAACCACGGUUUCAAAGGUGUAUGCUCUUGUUUCAUCUCUGCCGCCUUCUCGUUCGGUGGUGUUGAGCUUGUUGCUUUGGCUGCGUCCGAAACUGCAAACCCAAGAAAAUCUUUGCCCAAGGCUACGAAGCAGGUUUUCUGGAGAAUUACCCUUUUCUACAUUGUCACAGCAAUUGUUAUUGGCUGUUUGGUUCCAUACACAGAUGAUAGAUUACUUUCUGGAUCCUCCAGUGAAGAUAUCACGUCUUCUCCAUUCGUUAUUGCCAUUAACAAUGGUGGAAUUAAGGUUCUCCCAGAUAUAAUGAAUGCAGUCAUUUUGGUGGCUGUUGUUUCUGUCGGAAACUCCUCUGUUUACGGUUGCUCGAGAUCUUUGGCUUCUUUGGCUGUUCAAGGCUUGCUCCCCAAGUGUGUUGGUUAUGUUGACAGAGCCGGAAGACCACUUGUGGCGAUCAUGAUUACCAAUGCUUUCGGCUUGUUGGGCUUUUUGGCUGCUGACCAAGAGCACCAGGGUACGGUUUUCACAUGGUUCUUUUCCAUUUGUUCAUUGGCGGCCUUUUUCACAUGGGCCGCAAUCUGUUUCACUCACAUUAGAUACAGAUGGGCUUUAUCUGCACAAGGAAGAUCUCUCGAUGAGGUUCUUUUUGUCUCUCCACUCGGAAUUUGGGGUUCUUUCUCGGGAAUGAUCAUCUUGUGUUUGAUUGUGGUCGGUGAAGUGUGGGUGUCCAUCUUUCCAAUUGGGGAGUCUGCUGAUGUCACUACCUUUUGGCAAAACUGUCUUUCGUUGCCUUUGACAAUUGUGUUAUGGCUUCAAUACAAAAUCACUUCCAAGACUUUGGGUACUUGGAUGGUUGAUUUGAAGGACAUUGACCUUGACACCGGCAGAAGAGAGAUGGAUGUCGAGACAUUGAAACAAGAGAUUGCAGAGCAAAGGGCAUUCUUAAAAUCUCUGCCAUUGUACUACCGUAUCUACCGUUUCUGGUGUUAA